AUGAAGGAAGAAGAGUUCAAUGAGCUCAAGCAGAAUCUAGAUAACUAUACCCCACUUCUUCCAGAGUCGGUGACAGAUUACUUCAUGGAAAAGGCCGGUGUGGCCACUUCCGAUCAGAAUGUUAAGAAGCUUGUUUCCCUGUUAGCUCAUAAGUUUGUGACAGACAUCGCCGUGUCUUCUUUUCAGUAUCAUAGAAUAAACCAGAAGGCCGCGCAGAAAGACAAAAGGUUUGCAAAGGAGAAGAAGCCCACAUUCCAGCUCGUAGACCUUGAAAAAGCUCUUGAGGAGGUGGGCAUAAGCAUAUCAAGGCCUCACUACUACAUGUAA